GGCCGCCCUUCCUAGCUUUGGGGCCCUUUCUCGGCGUAACGUGUGGCCUUUGAUAUUCAACUCUCCUCUACCAGCAUAGGCUGCAUGAGGGGGGGGCGGGCUCCCGCAUUCCUGCUCGGCGGAGGGGCCGCUCUGCUCCUGUCGCUUCUUUGGAUGCCGGCCCUGCUGCCUGUAGUCUCCCGCCUUCUGUUGCUACCCCGAGCCCUGCUGUCCAUGGCUUCAGGAAGCCCCCCGUCCCAGCCCUCCCCGGCCUCGGGCUCCGCCUACGUUGCCGGCUCGGUCUCUGCAGCCUUUGUCACCUGCCCCAACGAGAAGGUCGCCAAGGAGAUCGCCAGGGCUGUGGUGGAGAAGCACCUGGCAGCCUGCGUCAACCUCAUUCCUCAGAUUACAUCCAUCUAUGAGUGGAAAGGAAAGAUUGAGGAGGACAGUGAAGUGCUGAUGAUGAUUAAAACCCAAAGUUCCUUGGUUCCAGCUUUGACAGAUUUUGUUCGUUCUGUGCACCCUUACGAAGUGGCCGAGGUGAUUGCAUUGCCUGUGGAACAGGGGAACUCCCCGUACCUGCAUUGGGUACGCCAGGUUACAGGGUCAGUUCCUGAGUCCGGCACAGCCCCACCGUGAUGAGCUUUUGUUUUUGCCACGUUGCCUUCAUAUACUUCAGUGCCCCCUGCCUUCCAGGUGAUGACUGGACCCUUAAUAAAGCUUUAGUUCUGUCA